CACAAGCUUGCUUCCGGAAUGCAAAUGUCCUCCCGUGAUCGCGGAUUGAAGACGUCUCCCUCUCAGACGACGCUUCGCCUGUUUUGCCGCUCUCCCUCGCCCUCUUUUCCUCCCGUCCCUCUUCCCCGCCAGCGGAAAGAUCAGAAUGGCAGUGUAGAAAUAAGAGGGCCCCUAGAUAUGUGGAAAUCAGAAAGUGGGUAGGCACUAGGCAGCCGGAGUAUCCUCUUCGUUUCAUUGUCGCCAUGGUCGCUGAAGUCGUCGGGGGGUUGCAGCUCUCCGGCAGAGGCGAGGGAGAUUGAUUCGUUGGAGAGGCGGAAGACGGCAGCCUGGAGGAGGUUGUGGGCGCAGUCGAGACAGGAGACAAAGGUCGGGGAGGCACCGUCAUGGGAGAGGGGGGAUUCCUAGCUGCGGAUGGUGCCGAGGAGGAGGUGAACGGCCUUGAGAAAGGUUGAGGACUCGGAGGGAUCGGGCAAGAGCAGGUGUAGGGGCGGCGGAGUCCAGGACAGUCCACCUAGAGAGGCGGUGCUCUAGAGAGAAAAGCAUCUUCUUUUCUUUCGCUUCCAUCGUGGUUGCUCACUACUUAUGCCCAAGAAAGAGAGAGGCAAUGGGUAGCGAUCACAAUCUCUCCGCCGGCAACGGUCUCAGUUUGUUCUUCUUAUAUCUGCCGUUAAUGCUGCUUCUCCUUUGUCAUAAGGAAGACAACGCUGUGCAGAUGACGGCCCGAUGUCAACUCCAUCUGAAAAUGGCCGGGGAUAGCGGACAGAAGCGGCACGAGGAUAGUGCGAUAUGAGAGGGAGAGAACUUACGCGUUAUUUGACAAAAUGUAGCACGAAUACCAUGUUAUUAUCGGAUUUUAUUCAUGAUAAUACCAGGAGACAUAUUUGUCACAAUAUUACACUAUUUAAAGUUAUUAUAGGGAAGGUUUCGAAUUGCCAUAUCAAGGUAUUCCAAUGCAUCCCCAAAACUGGUGACACUGGUCGUCUCCCAGUGCUCUUAUCAACACGUGUUAUUUCCUCUCAAUGUGCUGAUAAUGGACAAAGUGACCGUCAAGAUUAUUUCUUAUUCUUGCAAGAUGGCAGAUAUUACGGAUGCUGGCAUUUCUUUGGUGGAAGACUUAUUUAAGCGCAGGCAGCCAUUGCCAUCUAUGGAAGCUGUGUACUUUAUUCAGCCCUUGAAGGAAAACAUAGUCAUGUUCCUUUCAGAUAUGUCGGGAAGAUGCCCAUUGUAUAAGAAGGCAUAUGUGUUUUUCAGUUCACCAGUUUCAAAAGAUUUUGUUUCUAACAUAAAGAAUGAUACAAGUGUUUUGCCUCGCAUUGGUGCUCUAAGAGAGAUGAACUUAGAAUACUUUCCUAUAGAUAAUCUGGGGUAUAUUACUGAUAAUGAAUGGGCACUUGAGGUGCUUUUUGGAGAGAAUUUGGAGGCUUCUCGUAAGUUCGAUGUCUUCCUCACCGCAAUGGCCAUUCGUGUUGCUACAGUAUUUGCUUCCAUGAAGGAACUUCCUCGUGUUCGCUAUCGUGCGGCUAACUCAUCAGCAGAAACGUCAACGACAGUUCGUGAUCUAAUUCCUACCAAGUUUGCCAAUGCUCUGUGGAACUGCCUGGAGAAGUACAAGUCUAGCAUUCCUCAGUUCCCCAAGUCAGAGACUUGUGAGUUGUUGAUUGUUGACAGAUCGGUGGAUCAGAUUGCACCGGUGAUACAUGAGUGGACCUAUGACGCUAUGUGCCAUGAUCUGUUAAACAUGGAUGGAAAUAAAUAUGUAUAUGAGGUAAUGGCACAAGGGAAAACAGAGAAAAAGGAAGUUCUUUUGGAAGAUCAUGAUCCUAUAUGGCUUGAGCUGCGGGACUUGCAUUUUGCCGAGGCUAGUGAGCGACUCCAUGUAAAGAUGCAAAAUUUUCUUUCAAAGAACAAGGCUGCUCAAAUUCGUCAUAGCUCAAGAGAUGGAAGCGACAUAUCAACGAGGGAUCUGCAGAAGAUGGUUCAGGCUUUGCCACAGUACACUGAGCAGAUGGACAAGUUAACUGCUCAUGUUGAUAUAGCUAAGAAACUCAAUGAGAAGGUCCGAGAACUUGGACUUCAAGAAGUUGGACAGUUGGAAGAAGAUCUCGUCUUUGGACAGGCAGGACCUAAGGAGGUGAUCCAAUUUCUCAGAACAAAGCAGGACAUUAAUCCAGAAAUCAAAUUGCGGUUACUAAUGAUUUAUGCUGUUAUAUACCCAGAGAAGUUUGAAGGAGAUAAAGGUGUUCAACUGAUGCAGUUAGCACGGCUCUCAACUGAAGAUAUGAAGGCAGUAACAAACAUGAGAUUAUUAGGAGGCCCAGAUGCAAAGAAAAUGUCAGGAGCAUUCUCUCUGAAAUUUGACGUUAAUAAGAAACAUGCUGUAAGGAAAGAGAAAGCAACCGAGCAGGAAACAUGGCAGUUAUCAAAGUUCUAUCCCAUGAUUGAGGAGUUGAUUAGACAACUUAGCAAAGGUGAACUGCCAAAGAAUGAAUUUCCAUGCAUGAACGAUCCUAAUCAAACUAAUCAAGGGUCUCAUGUUGCACCAACGCGGACCACUCAAGCUCAACCUGGCCAGUCCAUAAAGUCAAGAAGAACUGCAACUUGGGCAAAACCCCGUCUUUCUGAUGAUGGCUAUUCAAGUGAUUCUAUUCUUCGCCAUGCAUCAACUGAUUUUAAAAGGAUGGGACAGCGUAUUUUUGUGUUCAUCAUUGGUGGAGCUACUCGCUCCGAGCUACGUGCUGCCCACAAGCUAACCAAUGAGCUCAAUCGGGAGAUAAUCCUUGGUUCAUCCCACCUUGAUGAUCCUCCACAGUUCGUCACAAAGUUGAAGUUGCUAUCUGCUCAAGAGCUUUCUUUGGGCGCUCUUCAAUUUUAACACACUGAUAUUGAUUUUAUACUAUUUGGCGGACUUUGAUGCCCUCUCUUCUGAUAUGAGAAGCUCUGAGUUGCUAACUUUUCAGAAUGGUGGUAAACUGGGAAGGGUAUAGAUACUAGAAGGCCAGAGUCAAUGCUGCUUUGGGGCUACUUUACUCCAAAGGGUGCGUGAACACCCACGCAGGAUACAUCGCCUGUUUUCUUGUUCUAGAUGAGUCAUCGGGAUUCAGCCGACUGUCACGGGAGGUCUUGGAUCACGUGAUGCAAUCUUGUUCUUGAUGUUCUUGGGUGUCAUUUACCAAUAACGUCCUCUCGUACCGUAACAGCGAACGUUUGGUUGCGGGUGCUCUGCGUGGAGUCACACAACUGGAGAAACAGGUUGGGGCCUUCGCCAAAAUUUAACUCUUAUUCUGUGAAAUGACUUCCCUGCCGCGCUGUUUCCACGAAGGCUGUCUGACCGGCCUUAGAUAAACCUUCUGUGAUCGGCCUUCAAUGGUGUAGAUGUGGUUGAUAUACUAAGACACCUUCUGCAAAAUGAUGUCGGUGCACUUUUUUCAGACCUUUGCGGUGUGUGUGAAAAGAUCUAGAUCGAAGAUGGGAAGGGUAUUUUAUCAGUAAACGAAAGGGAGUUUCGACUUAACUUGCAGUACCAAACGCCCCAACCAAGAAAUUCUCUCACCGCAGCCACGCGUGGUGUUCUUUCGGCUCUCAGCCCCCUGAAGCAUCUAUCUGAAUUCACAGGCUUGUCCUAUCGCUAAGACUCAUGCAUCUCGUUACCUUUGUCGUGUUUACGCUGAAGAGGUUGUUAGAAAGUAUGGAUUUAUAAGUUGCCAUUGAUUUAAA